AGAGAUAGUACCCCCAACAGGGUCUAGAAACUGUGAUGCACCCCCAGCCUUCCGCCAGCCCCGGAUAACAGGCAAUCAUGUGUCCAGCAUACUCCAGGACGCCUCUGCACUUGAACUGGACACCUCUCCAGGGCGCCAAUGCCUCGGCAUUAGAGAAAGAGAUUGGUCCAGAACAGUUUCCAGUCAACGAGCACUAUUUUGGAUUAGUCAAUUUUGGGAAUACCUGCUACUGCAAUUCAGUUCUUCAAGCACUUUAUUUUUGUCGUCCAUUUCGGGAAAAAGUUCUAGCAUACAAGAGUCAACCUAGGAAGAAGGAGAACCUUCUUACAUGCUUAGCAGAUCUCUUCCAUAGCAUAGCCACUCAGAAGAAAAAGGUUGGAGUGAUACCGCCCAAGAAGUUCAUAACAAGAUUGCGGAAAGAGAAUGAACUUUUUGACAACUACAUGCAGCAAGAUGCCCAUGAAUUCUUAAAUUACCUACUAAAUACAAUUGCUGAUAUUUUACAAGAAGAGAGGAAGCAGGAGAAACAGAAUGGCCGCUUACCUAAUGGUAACAUUGAUAGUGAAAACAACAACAGCACACCAGACCCAACAUGGGUUCAUGAGAUUUUUCAGGGAACAUUAACUAAUGAAACCAGAUGUCUUACUUGUGAAACUAUAAGCAGUAAAGAUGAAGAUUUUUUAGAUCUUUCUGUUGACGUGGAACAAAACACAUCAAUUACUCACUGUUUAAGGGGUUUUAGCAACACAGAAACACUAUGCAGUGAAUACAAAUAUUACUGUGAAGAGUGUCGCAGCAAACAGGAAGCACACAAACGAAUGAAAGUUAAAAAACUGCCCAUGAUUCUAGCUCUGCACCUGAAGAGAUUUAAAUAUAUGGAUCAACUUCAUCGAUAUACAAAACUUUCUUACCGGGUAGUUUUUCCUUUAGAACUUCGUCUGUUCAACACUUCAGGCGAUGCAACCAAUCCUGACAGGAUGUACGACCUGGUCGCCGUUGUGGUGCACUGUGGAAGUGGUCCCAAUCGAGGACAUUAUAUUGCAAUAGUUAAGAGUCAUGAUUUUUGGUUGUUGUUCGAUGAUGACAUUGUUGAAAAAAUAGAUGCACAAGCUAUUGAAGAAUUCUACGGGUUGACAUCAGAUAUCUCAAAGAACUCUGAAUCUGGUUACAUUCUUUUCUACCAGUCUCGGGACUGAGGGGGGACGGUGAUGAAGAGAUACUUUCUGCCUCAUUUCUUCUCUGGUUAUUUUGGAAAGGAUCAAGCACUGAUUUUUCAAGAAAAGAGAAAUGCAGGAAGCUCAGGGGGCAGUAGCACACUUUGCACAUGAUGAAGCAAAGACUAUGGAUUAACAGGCCCUUCCUGUCAUGGUAGUUGAUUUAUUUGCUCAGGUAUCAUGCUGUCUGUGUGGUUUCAUACAACAAAGAAGUGAAAUCAGAGAUACCAGCUCCUCUUGUAAAACAGCCUUCCAGUCAUUGACACGCAUUUCCUCUUUAUUAAUUGCACCAGUAACAGUUUGAACUCCUUGGGGUGCAGUAGAAAGAAUCAGAAUCUGUGCUGGGUGGUAUUGAUAUAAGGAGAUGGUGCUGAGCACGUUGCGGAAAUUGCCUGUGUUCAGUACGUACAGAAACAUAUUCAGUGGUCUUUUCAAGCGUAAACCAGAAAUAUUUUUGGGCCCAACACUUGCAGUUGCCUUCCUGAUUUAAAAACAAAAAAACAAAAAAAACUAACAGAUACUAGAAUCCAAUGUCAGGAAGACAAAUAUGUUUUGCUUCUCUGAAGAAGCUUAUAAUAAUAUACAGUAUAUGUAUAUGUAGGGAACAAUUGGUCAGAAGUGGCUUUUUGUUUCCCCAAGGGGAAAGACUGGCUUUGUAAUUAUAAUUUUUUCCUUAUUUAUUUUACUUAAAACUGGUAGAGUCUAAGUAUUGUAUGAAGUGCCCAUGAUUCUGUCAGUAAAUUUGAGCAUAUUUUAUUAGUUCUUGUCAGUUUAACUAGUCCUUUGGUUUGUUUCUACUUUUAAGGUGAAUUUUAAAUUCUAUCUGAAAUCGGUAAGACACCUUGAGAAAAAUUGCAACAAGAGGAGGUAAAUAUUCUUUUUCAGGAGGAACUGAUAUCUCUGGCUAAAUAUUUGUCCUUUUGUUGUAGCUAAUAAGUCAGUUAUUUUUUUCCAGCUUUAAUUUCAGUAAAAUAAAAUUAAAAAGCUAUGAAAAAUUCCCUGUAGUUUUAGAAUGAUAAAGGAAAUCCUGUUGCAGUGAUGGUAUACCAAUCUAGAAUUCUUACACAUUCUAAUGUUUCAGGUUGAGGCUGUGCUUGGAAAAUUCAUGUCAUAGCUGUUACGUUAUUUUUAAAUGUCAUUUUUUUACCCUGGAAAGAAUACAUUCAUCAUAACCCUAGCGGCCUGGACAGCAAGCUUAAAAAAAAAAAAAAAAAAAAACCCUUUUGAGAUUAAAUUUUAAUGAAGUAGACCAGUAAUACAAAAAGCAAGUCCUUUGUUUUCCUCCCUCUGCCUUUUCAAAUCUUAUUGGGAGACUGUUCAGACAUUAAAAUUUGUGUUUAUUAAGAUUUCCUUCUGUUGGAGGUUUUAAGAAG